AUGGGAGGAGACGCCGGGGAUGGACGAAGCCUGGAGAGAUGCAAAUUUUGUGGUCCUCCGUGGCUGGGGGGCUUGGGGGCUGCCCAAUUUAAGCUCCGUAACUCAGACCGCAGCGUGAAAGAAAUUAGUUCAGCCGAGGGAGCUGCUCCUCUUUCUUAUCGAACGUGAGAAUCAGAGAUUUGA